AUGGAAGCUCAUGAGCUGACUGCGAGGUUUGACGCGGCCACUGCGGUCAAGGCUGGGGCUGCUGACGACGCUGUGGCUGGAAGAGUGUGGGUUGGAGUUGUGGCCCUGGAGGCGACGAUGACCGCGUCUCCCCCGCCGCCUGCAGAGGAAUCUGGACCUGGUUUUGGACCGGUUGGGGAGCCGUCACAGGCGGAGGAGCCGGAGCAGUCACAGCCGCCGAGGGCAUUGACAGAGGCAGUGGCUGCAGUCGGUGCGGAGGUGUCCGAGACGCCUGCCGCUGCGUGCGCCGGAACUCCUGCUGCCGCCGUGGCCGCAAGCACGCGGGAGCAUGGCCAUGCGGAGGGUGAUAGCGCAUUUCGCGAACGGCGUCGCCUCCGACGAUGCCCGGACAACAUCGAGGCAGAAGAUGCGGGCCCAGCCAGCGCCGAGAAGGCCUGGAGCAGGGCUGGGACCUGGCUUAGGCACCGGAAGCGGGGGCCCCGCAAGCGCCACGGCGAGAAACGCGGAGCACAACACGCGCACGGGGCAUCACCUGAGGCCAACCAAGGGGAGGUGGGACCAGACAGACACUCUCACCGUGGAUCUCGGCGGGAAGAGCGCCACAAGCUGGGGGCGGAGGGCGGAUCAACGAGAUCCAGGCCGGAGGAGGCGAGACGGCUCGCGGGGCCCGAGGCGGAGGGCGCGGGGGAAGAGGCGGAAGACGGGGCGGAGGCGCAAUCGUCGGGGGAAGAGAGGCGCUUGUGA